UCCUCCGCCUCCCGCUCGGGAUGUCCUCCGGGCCCAAAGCCAUCCAGACCGCCGCGCCGCAGCCGACGCAGCGCAGCAGCCAGCCAUGGCGGCCACCUCUUCCUCGCCGCUCACCACGCUCCACUCCUCCUCCUUCCUCUCCUCCGCUCCUUCCCCGCCGUGCAACGUGGCGGCGCCGCCCCGGCGACGGAGGGUACCGUACCCUCGCAUCCGGGCCAUUGACCUCGACCAGAACACGAUUGUGGCCAUAUCGGUGGGCGUCGUCAGCAUCGCCGUCGGGAUAGGUGUCCCCGUCUUCUACGAGACCCAGAUCGACAAUGCCUCAAAGAGGGAGAAUACGCAGCCGUGCUUCCCCUGCAGCGGCUCUGGCGCGCAGGUAUGCAGGUUUUGCGCCGGAAAGGGCAUUGUUACUGUAGUACUUGGCGCAGGCGAGACUGAAGAAUCAAAGUGUGUCAACUGUGAGGGCAUCGGCUCUUUGACAUGCACCACAUGCCAAGGCUCUGGGAUCCAACCACGCUAACUUGACCGCAGGGAGUUCAAGGACGAUGAUUGAUUGAAGGUUUUGCUUUAAUCUUGUGGUGGUGUGUCCAAGGUGCAACAUCACUGCCUGAUUUGAGGACGGCGUUUGCUUAUUCAGAAGAGGUGUGCGCGUACCUAUCAGCUAUCAGUUGUGUUACUUAUAUCUGUAUAUGGCAGCGGAGAAGAUUACUCGAACAUAAGUGUUGGACAUUUUGCAGCUGAUGUAAAUGUAAUAUAUAUACCGUGUUCUUUUGACUUUUGUAGCUAACUAGCAUCAUUUGCCGUAAUAAUCUGCAAGUGCAUGCUGUAUUCCUGCA